AUGUAUUUAUCUAACGAAGGUGAUAUCGAUGGGAUUAAGAAGAUGUUAGAUUCCGGAACUAAUGUUGAUUACCGUGAUAUCGAUGGUCGUAUUGCUCUUCACGUCUCUGCUUGUCAAGGACGAACCGAUGUUGUUGAGCUUCUGCUUAAUCGUGGUGCUAAGGUUGUUUCGAUGGAUCGAUGGGGUAGUACGGUAAAGAAGGAACAAUGA